CUGCCGUUUUUCCUUUCCUACGGCUGCUAAUGCACGUGUAACCCCUCUGUUUUUGCCUCGUCUGUCUCUCCACCGCCCGUCGCCGCCCCCAGCGCCCCGUGCAAACGCAACCCGGCUCUCUCGCAGUCACAUGGCCUCCUUCCCUAUACACAUUUCUGUUCUCGUUUGCUACUGAUCUCUUCGUCCUCCAUCCAGCUCACAUAAAUGGUAGAAACAACUGCUGCUUCUCAACAUGAUUGAUAGUGUUAAUGAGAAUACUGGCAACCACUCCUCCAACACUCCCAUUAACCCCAGCUCCUCCAAUACCAAUGAUAACGCCAAUGAUAAUACCAGCGACAACACCUCCUCUCACAACAUCGAUCCCACUCUGAAUGAAGAUACAAACAUCAUUCCUCACAUAACCCAAAACAUCUUCCCUUACUCUUCAAUCCUAUCCAACCUCUCCAUCCAGUCCUACAACAGCCUCUUCCAGCUCAUCAAAUCUCUUUCGCUCUCCAACAACACCUCCAGCCUAUCCUUCGGCUCUACCACCAACAUUGAAAACAAAAAAAAGUUCCUCGCUCUUCUCAUCCAUCUCAAAAGACUCUUCAUCAAAUCCUACGUGCUAAACAAAUGGCUAGAAAUAUCUCUAUCCUCAAUCAAACUCAUAGACCUACUUAAUUGGCUACGUUCUCUCAACUGCAACUUCGACUUUCUUCUCUCCAACCUAAAACAAAUCAAAUUGAACCUCAACAAUGCAAAACUACCCAUGGAAGAUCUAAUCACUUCCUUCAUCACCCUAUCAAUCAACAACAACAACAUCAACAUCCUCAACAUAAAUGCCCUAAUCAACAACAACCUACGCUUGAACAACCUAUCUCUACUAAACACAAACAACCUAUUUAACUAUCCUCUACUAUCAAACUCAUUCAUUCACUCCUACUUAUCAAACAUAUCCUCCCUCUUGAAUCUAAAACUAUCCUCCUUAUUCAACACAACCACCACAACCACAAACAAUCUCUCUUCUAUACCUUCUAUAAACUCAAUAAAUUCCCCAUCUUUUAUAUCCUCAAUCCACAUAAACACCUCUCUAACAAAAUCUCUUAUUUUGAAAAACUAUAAAAUCGAAAAUGCGAAACUCUACAUUUCAAUAAAAAAUCACUUUAAUCUAAUUCUCACCUUAAAGGACAACCACAACAUAAAAACAAAAAUAAAUCCACUUCCAAAAACCCUUUUUCUCAACCUCUAG